AUGAGUUUCGGAAAUCUUGAGCUUGGCCACGUAGUCGGCUCUGGAGAGUACUCUGAUAUGAAACUAGUGUGCCAAGGAUGCGAAUUCAAAGUACACAAAGUGGUCGUGUGCACACAAUCUCCGGUGCUCGCCACGGCUAUUCAUUGGGUCUUCCAGGAGUCGAGGACGGGUAUUAUCAACAUCGAAAAUUUCGAGCCCAGCACAGUCAGCCGAAUGGUAGAGUUUUUGUACACAGGAGACUAUGGUGAUCCGUUAUUCCCACACACUGAAGGUUUCGCGGCCUUCCUUCGCUCUAGUAACUAUUUGAUUAACCCUAGUAUAGCAUCAUUUCCGGAUGAGAUAAAGAAGCCGACCUCGGACGAUAUUACGGCAAGUGGGAUGAUGCUACAACACGUACAAAUCAAUGCAAUUGCGGACUACUACAACAUAGAACGACUUUCCGAGCUCUCCAGGUCCAAAUUCCAGCAAGCCUGUCAAUCUACUUGGGAUACGCAGUCAUUCAUAGACGCUACAAGUGGCGCCCUAGGCCUAUCAGGCGAUGGGGCUUUGCAUGAGGUGAUAGCUACCGAAGCAGCAAAGAAUAUCCACACACUCCUCGAAAUAGAUCACUUUGCUGAUCUAAUUGGCGAAUUCGGUACUCGAGUUCUACGGAACUGUAUCAAAAAGGCCGAAGCAGACCAGCACAGGGUGUUUCAACUUCGGUUUGACUUGGAACAGGAGCAUUCUAAACGACAAGCUGCGGAAGCUAGGGCAGACCGUAUCAUCGAGAACAUUGGGAGAUGUGUUCAGACGAUGAGGGAAAGGGGGUUUUGCCGGAACCACAGCUGUAUGGCUGAAUAUCAAUGCUAUAUUGAGCGGCGAGGUCAAUCUUUCGAACCCCUGUAUACUCUUAGGUGUGCCAAGUGCAGGUGUAAGAACUAA